AUGGACAAGGUCAACAUGUCUGUCGCGGUCAUCCCAAUGGCAGCCGACCUGGGGUGGAGCGCCACAGACCGCGGGCUGGUUUCGAGCAGCUUCUUCUGGGGCUACGCGCUGACUCAGAUUCCCGCAGGCUGGAUCUCCACCACGGUCGGCGGCGCGCGCGUGCUGCAGGCCGGCGUCGGCCUCUGGUCCCUAGGCACCCUGCUGGCGCCCGCCGCGGCCCACCUCGGACUGCCCGCGCUCUGCGCGUCGCGCGCGCUGGUCGGCCUGGGCGAGGGCUUCGCGCCCAGCGCGGCCACCAGCGUGCUGGCCAGGCAGGUGCCUUCAGCUGAGAGGUCGCGCGCCGUGUCGACCGUCUGGGGCGGCCUGGACGUCGGCAGCGUGGCCGGGCUGAUUAUCGCGGGGCCCCUCAUCCGCGCGGCGGGCUGGCCGAGCGUGUUCUACCUGUUUGCGGCGCUGGGGGGCGUGUGGUGCCUGGCGUGGCCGGCGUUCAGGCCCGAGGAGGAGGACCCCGCGGUCAAGGUGGGUGCUGACGCGGGCAGCGGCGCUGCAGUCAGGGAGGCGAUCCUGGACGCGCGCAUCGCCGCGGGCAGCGACCUGGAGAGCACCAUUGAUUUUGACGAUGCCAGCAGCGCUGUCGCCCCUGGCAACGGCAGCGGUGACGGCGCUGGGUGGCGGCAGUCGCUGGGCGGCGGCGCGGUGCAGCUGCGCCUGCCAGGGCGGCACGUUGAGCUGGUGCAGCAGCAGCAGCAGCAGCAGCAGCAGCAGCAGCAGGAGGGGGAGCAGGAGCGCGACGGCGGCGUUCCCUGGGGCGCGUUCUUCUCGUCGCGGCCGGUGUGGGCUGUCACAGUGGCUCACUUCUGCUUCAACUGGGGCUACUACACGCUGCUGGCCUGGCUGCCCUCCUACUUUGAGGCGGCGCUGGGCCUGGACGUCCGCGACUCAUCCUUCCUCACGCUCAUUCCCUACGUGGCGAUGGUGGUGAUGACCCCCGUGGUGGGGCCCACGGCAGACGGCCUGGUCAAGAGGGGCUGGCCCCUCACGCGCGUCAGGAAGGCCGCACAGGGCAUCGCCUUCGUCGGCCCCGCCGCCUGCAUGGCCGCCUGCGCGGCGCUCACUCCCGAGACGCCCGCCGCGGCCGGCGGCGGCACGGCGGCGCUGCUGGUGGGGCUGCUGUCCGUCGGGUUUGGCCUGGGGGCGUGGAGCCGCGCUGGGCUGUACUGCAACCACCAGGACCUGUCCCCAAAGUACGCCAGCGCGCUGCUGGGCAUCACCAACACCGCGGGGGCCCUGCCCGGCGUCCUGGGCGUCACCAGCGCGGGUUACCUCCUCGACACCACCGGCAGCUGGGCCCUCGCCCUGUUCCUGCCCACGGUGGCCUGCCAGCUCUUCGGCGCCGCCUUCUACACCGCCUUUGCCAGCAGCGAGCGCCAGCACUGGAGCUGA